AUAAUUAUAUACCAUCUUUUUAGGUUAAAAUAUGCCAGCCCAAAGAUGCCAUUCAGUGUCAAAAUUAAUAUCACAAGCAGAAGUCAGUUUAAAUGAUUCUUCUUUACACAAACAAAAGAAACAACUUACACAGUACACAAGUCAACCUCUUCUUGUGGAGAAGGAUGAGAAAAAUAGAGCAAAUGACCCUCCAAAAGAUGGAGUCAAAAAGAAAACAAAAACACGUACUGGGAAGAAAAAGAAAACUGUGUUGUCUGCAAAUCUUUCAUUGACUAAGUAUAAUUUAGUGCGUCAAGUCUGCUCAGAUUUCGGGUUCACAUUUUCUGGUGCACCAACUUCAGACUGUUUUUUGAUUUGGAGUGAUUGUGCUGUUCCAGCAGAGAAGAUUGCUGAACUGAAGUCAUAUCAGAAAAUAAACCACUUUGUGGGUAUGGGGGAAAUUUGUCGCAAAGAUUGUCUGGCUAGAAAUAUAUGGAGAGUCCAACGAGUAUGUCCAAAUGAUUUUAAUUUUGUUCCACAAACCUGGAUUUUGCCUGGGGAGUAUUCCAUGUUUCAAUUUCAAGCUAGAGAAAGCAAGAAAAAGAAAAAGAGAUCGAAGACAUACAUUCGAAAGCCUGUUAAUGGAGCUAUGGGGAACGGCAUUUGGUUAACGCGUAAUGCUGAGAAAAUAAUGCCAAAUGAAAACUGCAUAAUACAAGAAUAUCUAGAUAAACCCAUGUUAAUGGAUGGCUUUAAAUUCGAUCUGAGGAUGUAUGUCUUCGUAAUGUCAUGUGAUCCACUCAAAAUAUUUUUAUAUAAGGACGGCUUGGUACGUAUGGGAACUGAGCCAUAUACAAGUCCAUCAGAGUCAAACAUAACAAGCUCGUUCAUGCAUCUCACAAACUAUUCUAUUAAUAAACAUAGUGAAAAUUUUAUACAGACGUCCAAAGAAGAUUUAGGAAGCAAAAGAACUUUAAAGUAUUUUUGGAAAUGGUUAGAAGACAAGGGUGAAAAUGUUGAAGCAAUGUGGAACAGAGUUGCGGAUGCCAUCAUAAAAACAAUCUUAGUCGCAGAGCCUCGUUUAUUUCAUGCCUAUCACAUGUGUCGAGGAAGUGAUCCACAGGGAGAGAGCUGCUGUUUUGAAAUACUCGGCUUUGACAUAUUUAUCGAUAGAAAGUGUAAACCCUGGGUUUUAGAGGUCAACAGAGCUCCCAGCUUCGGUGCUGACCAAGACUUAGAUUAUGAAAUCAAAUAUGGUGUCCUUAGUAGUGUACUAAACCUGCUAAAUAUAAAAACGAAAGAUAAAAAGAGACGUUUAAAAGCGGAGAAGGUUGAAUCGAACAAAAGAUUAAUGGGUGCAACUCCGCGUAAAACUGUGGAACCGUCAAAUCUUGCUGGCAAUAAAAGAAAGUUACUUCAGAAAAGAAAAAAAGACUUGAAAUGGAGAUUGCAUCAAUUACGAACUGAAGCUCAGAAAAAACAAUACGAAGAUAAAAAUGCAGGUGAGUUUGUUCGCAUCUAUCCACCAGCUACUAAACCGUUGUGUGAUUACUACUCGAACCUGCUUGAACAGUGCACGAAAGUUAUCACAGGUCGAACAACGUUACAGAAAGAUGAGAGCCACUUGUGUAAUCUCAAGGAGGAAGAAAUAUUAGAUCUGUUACAAGAAGUUGAGAAUGAUGUUCUACAUUUGGUUAAUAAUAAAGGUCAAUAUGUUUUGAAAGGACCUGUGCCACUGCUAUCGAUGCCAUCUGUGCAGAGGCCAAUCAAAACCAAAUCUGUUGCCGAACGAAUAACACCGCGUCCUGCAUCUUAUUUUUUAAAUACACAAUCACUGGUCAGUCGUACGCCUAGACCUUCUACAGCUUUAUUGAAAAAUUCUUCUCAACAGGAGAUUAAGACACUGAGUAUAGAAGACGAAGAGAAAGUGGCAGAAACGUUGCAGUUGCUACAAUGUAUGAAGAUAAAAUAUCCUGGUAAAUCUGAUGAAGAAGCUGAAGAGAUACUACAACAGAUUCAAGAUAAUUGGAAGCUACAUCGUGCGAGAGUUGCUGCGUAUUGGCUGGUAAAACUAGACGCUGUUAAAAGGAAAAAAGUCAUCGACAUUGUACGAAGCAAUGUGACAGUGAUCAUGCAACGUGCUUGGAAAACACAGGACGUGGAAUCGAUUUCAUUGCAACGCAGUUUCACAAAACUGUUUCAUCGACUGCUGUGGAGCCACGGACAGGGACUGUGGAAUUGUUUUAAUGCGAACGGUGACUCUUGGGAAUCCAUAUUUUUAAAGAGUGCAGAGCAACUGACGCAGGCGGAAAUUCAAUGUUGCCGUCAAAUCGUCAAAUUAUGUCGCGACUGUUUACUUGUCGUGUAUCAGUUUGCGUCAGAAUCGCAAAUAUGUUCGUCGUCAUCAUCAUCUGUGGAAGUCAAUACGGAGCACCCUUCAAAUCAAGUUGCUUCAAGUCGUUCGCUCUACACACGUGAUCGAAGAAUUCAAACGCAGCUCAGUAACGGUCACCUUAUGGGAACAAAGAUAACAAGAUUAUACAAAUAAAGUGUUGUGGUUUUCAAGAACAACAACAACAACUACAACAAUAACAGCUACAGCAACAACAACAACAAAUAGAGAGAUGGGUAGUAACAACGUUAUCAGUUAUCAUUUCGAUUGUAGGAGGCUUCUAAACCAGCAGACAAAUCUAAUUUGCACCCGAAGUUGGUUUCAUUAUUAAAGUGCGUUAAUGUUGGAUAAGAACGGCAGAAGAAAGCACCACAUCUGCAUGUGGAGAGAAGAUCUCAAGUUGCCUUACAACAAUCAUGCUUAAUGAUGCGUUAUCAAUUGAUCAUAAAUAUCUCAUCAGAAAAACGACUAUAAGUCAUGUCUUUUAAAAAUCUAACUUCGACUACUGUUUUGUUACUGUCCAGGGGUCAAGAGGUACAGAUAUGUAAAACAAAGAAAACUACAGAUUUGCAGCCACUCCGAAUUUUUUUAAAAAAAUUCAACUACUCUCAUUCUCACAAUUUUUAUUUUCGUUAUGUAAAAUAUCUUACUACAAACAUAUAUGCGUCUGAAGAAUAAUAUAUUCACACAAAAAAAACCUUUUUUAUUUCGCCAGUGAAGAACUUCGCUUCGAAAUUUGCGAAUGAGGAUGAUUAAAGGAGAUAAUAUUCCUCAUCUAAGCGAUUUUCCUACGAUCUCUUCCUAUCUCCAUUUUCAAUCUAACUAUUUGCGCAAAUUAACUCUUUUGAAGGUAUAUAUGUUAUCCUGCGGAGGACGUAAUAUAUACUAUAUGUGCUAUAUUUGUAUCAUAUGUUUGCUAUUAUUUAUUUUUUUAUGUGUAAAUGUUGAAUAUAUUUCGGAUAAUUAUUUUUUUGGACAAUUGA